AACAUCACCCUGCGCCUUUGUUGUGAGCCUUUAGCCACACGACUGUUUAUCCUUCGAGCUAGCUAUCCGGGUCAGUUUUAUAGGAGGAAAACGUAGAAACUGCGUGAAAUGAUUGGUAUUACGUUUUGACGUGGGAUCCGUAGCUAAUACAUUCUGAGUGUUCAGUAGCUAUCAGAGAGGAGGCUCGACUGAUCGAGGAGAGUACACAUGUCUUCUGCAGCAGAGACAGUAAAAAAUGCCUCCAUCAUGUCAGAGAGUAUGGCCCAUGAUGGAAACCGCUUGUGGAUAGGCAACAUUGAUCCCAAAAUUACAGAGUAUCACCUGGUGAAGUUGUUGGAGAAGUUUGGCCAUGUGAAACAGUUUGACUUCCUGUUUCAUAAGUCUGGGCCUUUGGAGGGACAGCCACGAGGCUACUGCUUUGUCAACUUCAACACCAGAGAGGAGGCAGAGAGGGCGAUCCAGUGUUUAAAUGGGAAGCUAGCUUUGUCCAAGAAGCUGGUUGUGCGCUGGGCGCAUGCACAGAGGUUUGAAGGUUUCCGUAAUGACAAGACGAUGCCUCCGAGCCUGGAACCGUCGUGCAGCGGGGCGGCAGAGGAUGGGGCUCUAACUUCCAACCACCUCAGUACGAGUGCUAAAAUCCGCGCCAUCGAGGCCAAGCUCCAGAUGAUGGAGGAGAAUCCAGAGGAUGACUACUCGGGCCCGUCGGCCUACGUUUACAACAAACCGCCGGAGAGGAAACGCUGGGAGCCUUACUCUAAAUCACACCACAACAACCAGAGCAGGCCCUUCCGCAGGUUUAGGAGAUGACCCAUCCUCCCACUCAUUCUGGAGACGACGACCCCCCCUUCGAACCUCAGCCCCAACCUACACACAAACAGACUCUACAUACGAUACUAUAAAGACUAUACACAUCUGGGAGUAUAAGGUGUUGACAAUACUUUGAGAAUCCAGACUCUUUGGGAGUAAUCACAGCAAUCAAGGACAAGUACCUGAAGUGGUAUUUAGUUAUUUUCGGUUACAGUUAUCAGUUAUUAUUUAGUAUUCACAUAUAACCCAAUACCUGACUGCUGUGCAGGUUGGAUCCCUCAUCAGUCUGCUUUCUCACUUUUGCAGAGAUUUAAUGCAGGUGAAUCAUACAGCUGUGAGUCUCAUGAUGCACAGCUGCCAGGAAAGAGAAACGUUGUUAUUAAAGAGUAUAAAUGCCCAUCCUCUUGUUGUUUUUGUCACAUGUUUUUGGUUUCAGAUCAUAUUAUUCAAAGGUGAAAUACAAUAAUUUUAGAGAAUGAAAUACACAGAUUUGUAACAGUUUUAUAUUAAUGGAGUUCAAAUGAUAAGCCACUCAGCAACACUGUAAGUUGCAGUAUUUUUUUGUGUGACGUUGCUCUUUACCUUUAUCUUUUUUCUUGGAUCCUUUUUUUUUUUUACGUCUGCAGUCAAACUGUUUUAUCUGGCUUUUUUUGUGUUGUGUAGAGUUUUGGUAUUUUCCCCUGCCACAAUCUCUUUAUUUCAAUUUACCAAUUAAAGACUAUUAAAUGUCACAUCCACAGCGUGUUGUUUUAUGCCAUUUUGGGGGGUUUUAUGCAUUUCUCGCUAAAUACAGGACUCAGUUUUAUGAUUUGUUAGUCAGUAACAUUAGAAUACUCUCAGUCUGUGCCUUUUUUAUGCUAAUAUGGUAUUGUUUUAUAAAAAAAAUUGCUAAACCACCUUCAUGUCAUUAAUGGGAGAUUUUAGAAGACUGUACAAAAUAAACUCAUUAAUGCACCAAGGGUUAAAAAAAAUGCAGACCUGAAAUAUUAGAGUGUUUAAGAACCAUGGAGACAUACACAAUUGUCAGUACUGACAAGUCCCAAUGUUUUCUGUAAUAACUGAUAACCCUGUUUAUUAUAGCAUCUAUACUGUUUUGAGCCCCAGCUAUCUUUUAUUUCCCCCCAGAUGUGACUGAUAUUGACUGUUAUUAUUAUUGUUUGUGCAGUCUACCAAAAGUUGCUAUUAAUCAUUUUAACAUUUUGCAGGCCUUUUGUCUAUGGGUUUAAUGUGGAAACGUCCUAUUUUAACAUGUUCUAUUUGUUCUUGAUUCUGUGAAGCACUAUACCACUGAUGUGAUCAGAGUUUUCUUUUCCUGCAGGUGUGAAAUAUAGUGUGAGACGAUAAAGAAAAAAAGAUAAAAAUAUGUUGGCAAAUUAUACUCUGAAUUUGUUUGCGUGAAGACUGAAUUUGCCAACCAAAGGUCCUUUACAGAACUAAUGUUUUAGAGUCAACCAAGAGUAUAUAAAUCCCGGAUUAGGCCAGAUAACAUUGCAGCAUAGAUGGAGAUCGGCAGAUAUAAUUGUGCAAGAUGAGAUGAAGGAGCAGAAUUUUGUGCGCACCGAAAAAUCAAACUCUACCUCUUGACAUCGUCAGUCCUUUUUUUUUUUUUUUU